GUAAAUUUGAACCUAACGAACUAGUCGAGUGAAUAGUCCUCCAAUGUUCAUUUGAUGAAAUGUUCAUUGCAAGGUCACCGGGUUGCUCAACUUCGACCGACGGUUGAAUUGAAGAGGAAACCUCAGUGUAUGCAAUCGGCCGUAUCGACCUGUAUCCAACUCUAUGAUGAAUUCUGCUUUUUUUCCUUCUGCCCCUCCACAAUCUGAUAUUGCUCACCAUCCAGCCUUUUCGCACCGCUUACCACCCUUAAAUCAAUUGAACCGGUGAAUCCGAGCCUGCACGGUGUCACAAGAGGUUCCUGAAACCCCACACUUACUAUAACCGACAUCACGCUCAUUGUCCGCGGGCCAGACCGACUUGGACGCUUCCAUUUGGACCAACAUGAGUGAUCAAACCUCCUCCUCGGGUCCUGUGACCAUCGUGGUCGAGCAUCUGGACCCCGAAUUGGGCGCUUGGUCCGCUCUGGAGUAUGGCUGCAUUGCCCGUGAAGCGCAUGCCUCGGGGAGUAGAUUUCUGCUCAGCUCCGUGCCCACCUCCCUGCAGAUGCCGGAGGAUCUGGCGGCCACCCCAGGCCUCAACGUCGAGCACCGCAGUGUGGAGGAGAUUUUUGCGGACCGCAAGUCUCGGGUCUGCCUGUUGGACCCUUCCGCCAAGGUUGAGUUGAGCCCCGCUGAUGCAGAGACGUUCGAUGUCUUCCUCUUCGGCGGUAUCCUGGGCGAUGACCCACCUCGCGAUCGCACCUCGGAGUUGAGAAAGAAGGGCUAUGCUGGCCGUAGACUAGGGCCUGUGCAAAUGACCACGGAUACAGCUGUGCGCGUCACUCGCCUAGUUGUGCACGAUAAGAUUCCAUUGGAGGAGAUCAAAUACGUUGACCACCCCGAGAUCCUUAUCAACGAGCACGAACGGACCGAGAUGCCCUUCCGCUAUGUUGUGGACAAGGAUGGACAGCCCAUCAUGCCUCCGGGCAUGGUGGACUUGAUCAAGAAAGACGCCGACCAGGUCCCCGAAAUGUUCCCCUUAUCGUCCCGCGGGGGCAUCUCCCUCACCAAGAUGUCGACAUGGGCACUGUCGACGCUCCUUCUACUGAGUCCCGCCAUUGUCUCGGCCAAGUCGGCGGCUGACUACUAUAUCCAUUCUCUUCCGGGUGCACCGGACGGCCCGCUGCUGAAAAUGCACGCUGGGCACGUUGAGGUUGACGCCCAGAGUAAUGGACAUCUCUUCUUCUGGCACUAUCAGAAUCGGCACAUCGCCAAUCGCCAACGCACCGUGGUGUGGCUGAAUGGCGGGCCUGGGUGUUCCUCGAUGGACGGAGCGCUGAUGGAGAUUGGCCCGUAUCGACUGAAGGACAACCACACCCUCGAAUACAAUGAGGGCUCCUGGGACGAGUUCGCCAAUCUGCUUUUUGUCGAUAACCCGGUUGGAACGGGCUUCAGCUACGUCAACACUGACAGCUAUAUUCAUGAGCUCGACACGAUGGCGGCGCAGUUUGUGGUGUUCUUGGAGGAGUGGUUCAAGCUCUUUCCGGAGUACGAGAGCGAUGAUAUCUACCUUGCGGGCGAGUCCUACGCCGGACAACAUAUCCCCUAUAUCGCGAAGGCCAUGCAAGAACGGAACAAGAACGUCUCCAACUCCAACACCGCGCAGUGGCAGCUAAAGGGUCUUCUUAUCGGCAACGGGUGGAUCGCCCCCGAGGAACAGUAUAUGUCCUACUUGCCGUUCGCCUACGAAGAGGGGCUUAUCGAGGAAGGCAGCUCGGCGGCCAAGGAACUCGAAGUGCUGCAGUCCGUCUGCCAGUCACGAUUGGAAGCGGGCAAGAACAGAAUCCACGUCAACGACUGCGAGAAGAUUCUGAAUGGCAUUUUGGAUAAGACGAUUGUUAACAACCAGUGCUACAACAUGUAUGACAUCCGUUUGCGCGACAGCUUGGACGCCUGCGGAAUGAAUUGGCCGACGGACUUGGUGGAUGUGAAGCCCUAUCUACAGCGGGAGGACGUGGUGGCAGCUCUGCACAUCGACCCGGCGAAGAAGUCAGGCUGGACCGAGUGUUCCGGCGCGGUCAGCAGCAACUUCAACCCUCAGAGAUCCGUGCCAUCUGUCCGACUCCUGCCCGAGCUCCUGGAAUCCGGCGUGGAGAUUCUCCUGUUUAGCGGCGAGAAGGACUUAAUCUGCAACCACGUCGGCACCGAGCAAUUGAUCAACAACCUGAAAUGGGGCGGCGGUACGGGGUUCGAAACCUCGCCGGGUGUGUGGGCGCCCCGACAUGACUGGACCUUCGAGGGCGAGCCGACGGGCAUCUAUCAAUAUGCGCGCAACCUGACCUACGUGCUGAUCUACAACUCCAGCCACAUGGUGCCGUACGACCUGCCCCGGCAGACGCGGGACAUGCUGGACCGGUUCAUGAACGUGGACAUCGCCAGCAUCGGCGGCAACCCGACGGAUUCGCGCAUCGACGGCGAGAAGCUGCCGCAGACCUCGGUGGGCGGCCACCCCAACAGCACCGCGGCCGAGGAGCAGGAGAAGCAGCGCCUCAAGGAGACGGAGUGGAAGGCGUACGCCAAAUCCGGCGAGGCCGUCCUCGUGGUGGUGAUCAUCGGGGUGAUCGUGUGGGGGUUCUUCAUCUGGCGCAGCCGCCAGCGACAUCACGGCUACCGGGGCGUGAUGCAGAAGAACAUGAGCAGCAGCAGCUCGGUGCUGGAGCGGUUCCAGAACAAGCGCACGGGCGGCGAUGUCGAGGCGGGCGACUUUGACGAGUCGGAGUUAGAUGACCUGCACUCGCCAGGUCUGGACCGGGAGCAUUAUUCGGUGGGCGAGGACAGUGACGAGGAGGAGCGGGGCGAACAUGGCCAGCAAUCGGCGGCGCGGGGAGGUGAUCAUUUAUGAUUCCUUGUUACUUGAUUGAACCUUUUUAGUGUUUGUUUCAAAACUGAUCAUGGGUUCUUUGUGGACACACUGGAGUUUAUGUAUUGGAGCUUAGAAUUGUUCUUUCGUGCUUUUGCGGUGGGCUGUAUAGCUGGGAGGAUGAAUGCUCUCAGCAGAGACAUUUCUCUAUAUCGAAAGUCUAUAACUAAAACCUAUAACACAUGC